AUGGACCGACAAGUUCCCGCUACAGAUCCUUGGUGGUACCCCAGCGAGGCCGCAGCAUCCACCGGCGACGACGACUUCCUCGACAUUGAAGGUCUACUCGGGUUGGCGUGGGAAGGAGGCACGGCUCUUCCCGGCGUCGGCUCUCCGCCACCGGCGCUGGGGCCACCGUGCGCGUCGCCUCCAGAGCCAACACCUUCCGAAGACGUGAUGGCAGCGUGGCUCUACCCGAUCGUCAGUGGCGAGGACAAUGCCGGGGACGGCCCCAUGGUGAAGGGCAAACCGUCGGCCAAGGCGUCGGGGAGUUUGGGGAUGACGGAGAGCGAGGGGAAGCUUCCGGCUACGGACGGCAUGUACCAUGUCAAGGACACAAACAUAACGAGCGAUUCCAGCGAGAGGAGGAAGGCGGCAUCAGGAGGCUCAAACAAAACAAGGUCGUCUCGUCACUCAGAUACACACAACGAUACAGAAAAGAGGCGAAGAUGCAAGAUCAGUGACAGGCUCAGGACCCUGCAGCAGCUCGUCCCUGGAUGCAAGAAGUGUAACCAGGCGUCGACGCUGGAGCAGACGAUCCAGUACAUGAAGUCGCUGCAGCGGCAGGUCCAGGCAAUGAAGUCGCUGCAGCGGCAGGUCCAAGCAGUGUACCCCGUCAUGCAGACGGCAUCGGCGCCGGCCGUCGCGGUGACACUGGGCGCCGCACCCGCCUCGGCAGCUCCAGGGACGGUGCUCGCGGGAGGAUGCGUCCCGCUCCUGCCUGCAGGAAUGGCUCCGUUCGGAGCCAUGCUCCCGUACCCUCCUUACCACGCCGUGAUGAUGCCAGUACAGGCGGCGAAGGCGGUCCCAUUUUACCUCCCACGGCCGGCAGCCUCUGCUCCUCUAGAGUGGCAGUGCUCCGUCUCCAGGGAGCAGCAUUACAAAAAGGGGCAAGGAAGGAGGGAGAGAUUGUAA